UUAAUAUUUUAUUUCUUAUUUUUGAAAUUUAUGAUUUAUCAGACAUCAAGAGAAUGCAUAAUUUCCCCAUUCCAUGAAACUCAACCAAUUUUGGUAACUAAAACUAAAAAGGAAACAAAGGCCCAACACGAUUUGCCAGCAUUAAAUACAGCCCAUUUUCUAAGCCCAUAUCAUCAAAAGUCCACUUAUAUAAUCAGAAUUUUGAAGAUCAUCUUAUCCAGUGUGUGAGGUUGACUAAAGCACCCAGCUUCAAUUCUCCACCCACUUGUGGUAGUGGGUCGCAUUUUGGCAUUCUUUAUUAGAUUUUUUUCCUUUCCCCACAGAACCUUAUCUGCUCUUUCAAUCUUCUUUCUCUUAUCCCAAUGCUGCUAUAUCUCAGCUAAACAGUAAAAAUUGCUCAAGCUUUUCGUCAAUGGCGGACAUUGUUUCGUGCCACCACAGCUGCUCCUUUUCACCAUUGACAAAAUAUGGUAAUCGCCGGCACCCAUCGAAUCGCAUCGAGCUUUCAAAUCUCCAUAAUCCUUCCAGCCACCAGUUUAAGCCUUUGCGCUCCUCUGAAAAGUCGACUUCAUAUGAGCACUUUCUGAAAAAGCUUGAAGUAGCGAAGAUGGUGUCGCAGUCAAUAAUUCGCAAUGUCGUCGGGAUUAUCGCUGCUGAAUGGGAGAUUGAUUUGAGUUUGAUUUCGCUCAUGAAUCACCAUGAUAUGCCCUUUCUCCGUAACGGGAAUGUCAUCUCAUUCUUCUUGUUUCUGUCUCCAGUGCCAACUUACAAGAGAAUCUGUAAGAAAAAGACCACUGAGGAGUUCCACCCUUGGCCAUAUCUAGCCACUACCAUGAACUGUAUAUUCUGGAUCUUCUACGGCAUACCAAUUGUCCACCCUGAUAGCACUCUUGUGGUAACAAUCAAUGGCGUCGGGCUUGGCCUGGAGAUAAUCUAUCUCACCAUUUUCUUCUACUACACCAACUCUAAGAACAGAAGGACUAUACUCCUCGUCCUUUUUGCGGAGAUUGUGCUGCUUGCUAUUAUUGCUGUCAUCACGCUCGUCUGCUUCCACACCCACAACGCAAGGUCCAUGUUCGUGGGGAUUGUCUGCAUCAUUUUCGGGACCCUCAUGUACUUCUCCCCUUUAUCCAUCAUGUGGACAGUUUGGAAAACAAAAAGUGCCGAGUUCUUGCCGUUUUGGCUCUGUUUUGCCGGUUUCUGUAACGGUGUCUGCUGGUUCUCUUAUGCCUUCCUCAAGAAAUUCGACCCGUACCUUGCUAUUACAAAUGGGCUUGGGGGGCUGUUUGGCUUAUUCCAGAUUAUUGUCUAUGCUUACUACACCUUAAGAGCGAAGAGUAACAAGGGGUCAUCAGUAGGAGAUGGUGCUAAGACAAGUGAUGAGCAGCUCAAGAAGAACUACAUGGCAUCACCAGCUUGAUCUUUUUCCCUUUUCUUAGAGGAAGUCAUUUUGCUAAGGAAUUUGCUAUUUCCAAGAGAUCAGCAUAUAAUAGUUUAGCAGUAAUUAGUAAAUAGAAUUGCUUCUCCUUUUUUUUUCCCUUUGCUUUUUUUUUUUUUUUUUCCUUUUUUUUAUGUUAACUUGAUUAGGUAUAUGCUGAAUUUUGGGACCUAUUUUCUUUAUGAAAGUUUAAUGAAAUUGUCUAUGAAGUUUCAUUAAUGUGUUUCAAUUUUCCGGUUUACUGUUUCUUAAAUCAAAGAUUGAGUUUGAUUUAAUCCAAAUUUGUCGCCCAAGUAAAUAGUAUAUACAUCACUUAGAUAUUUAGAUUGGAAGACAAGAAACUAG